GUGCAGGAGAAACACAUUCAUCUCUAGAGAUCGUCUUUCUGCCAAGGAGAAAUCAAAAGCUAGCACUUGAUGGAGUUGUCGAGUUCGAAUAUAUCCAACACUUACUUUGUGAAGCAAUGGCAGACAUGGGCAGGCAGUCUCCACCGCGUUCUCUGCAUGCAAGGCGGAGAUGGCGACGGUAGCUAUGCCAAGAACUCAGAAGCUUCGGCAUCAGCCAUCACCUUAUGCCAACCCCUGCUCUUGAGUGCCCUUCAAUCAAUGAAACUCUUCUUCCUCAGCAAGGAAGAUGCGGAUUCUAUUAGGGUAGCUGACUUGGGCUGCGCCACCGGGUACAACACCUUGGCUACCAUGAACAUGGUUGUCAACACCCUGACGCAACGGUACCUCAACGUUUGCGGGUUCGAGCCUGAAUUCGAGGCCUUCUUUUGUGAUCUUCCUUCUAAUGAUUUCAACUCUCUUUUCCGAUCAUUGGAGGCCAUGUUUCCCGAUGGCAAAGCAAGGCAAUACUAUGCUGUUGGUGUCCCUGGAUCGUUCUAUCAUCGCCUUUUUCCUCGUCGAAAGCUUCACGUCGCAGUUACCUUAAGUGCUUUACACUGGCUCUCUAAGAUACCAGAUGCAGUGUUGGACAAGACAUCGGGGUCUUGGAACAGAGGUAGAGUGUGGAUUGAAGGAGCGAAGAAGGAAGUGGUGGAAGCAUACGCGAGGCAAUCGGAGAAGGACUUGGAGGACUUCUUGAGACACCGGAGAGAAGAGAUUGUUGUAGGAGGAAUACUGUUUAUAUUGAUGGGAGGAAGACCUGGAUCCGAGCCACCGGAAAAUCAAUUGGAUGCUGAUUCAAGAGCUAAACACCCUUUCACCGUUUCCAUGGAUCAAGCUUGGCAAGACCUAAUAAAUGAGGGUCUGAUUGACGAAGAGACAAGAGAUGGGUUCAAUAUUCCGGCGUACAUGAGGAACGUGGAGGAGGUGGAGGCGGCGGUGAAGAAAUGCGGUGGGUUCGAGAUAAAAAGAAUAGAGUACAAGAGAAUAGCGGAGCAUUCGGAGGAGAAGCAGGAGGAGUGGAUUAAGGAUCCUGGCUCCUACGGAAGAGCCAAAGCCAACCUGGUGCGGGCCACUCUCCGACCCAUUGUUGACGCUCACAUUGGUCCAGACCUCUCCGAGCAGCUUUUCCAGCGGUUCCAAAACCGGGUUUCCUCAGAUACGGCACUGCUUCAUAAAACCUGCUUCUAUGGUGUUAUUAUUAUGUCUGCAAUCCGAGUAUGAGUACCCAACUCUGAUCAGCUCAUGAUCUCUCUGGAUUUCUUUCCAUUUUCUCAACCUAAAUGUUUGGCAUUCAAAUUAAAAUUAGUCCAUAUUU